AUGGUUUUUUUUUUUUCUUUCUUUCUUUCUUUUCUUUAUUUAAAUUUUUUUUCAUUUUUUUUUCAAAAUACUUUUUUUUUUCUUUCUUUCUUUCGUUCUCUUUAUUUAUUUUUUUUUUUUUUUUCUUUUCUUUUUAAAAAUGGGUUUCUUCUUUUCUUUUUUCUUUCUUUCGUUUCUUUAUUUAUGGUUUUCUUUCUUUCUUUUUCGUUCUCUUUUAUUUUUUUUUUUUUUAUUUUUUUUCUUUAUUUCUUUUUUUUCUUUAUUUCUCUAAGAAUUUCUUUCUUUCUUUCUUUCUUUCGUUCUCUUUAUUUAUGGGUUUCUUUCUUUUUUUUUUUAAUUUCUUUUUUUUUUCAUCUUUUAUUUAUGGGUUUCUUUUUUCAGAAUUUCUUUCAUUUCAAAUUUCUUUCUAAUUUCUUUCUAAAAUUUCUUUCUUUCUUCUUUCUUAUUUUCUUUUUUUUUCUUUUUUCUUUCUUUCUUCUCUUUCUUUUCUUUUUUUUUUUCAUUUCUUUAUUCUCUGAAAAUUCUUUCUUUCUUUUCUUUCUUUCUUUCUUUUUUUUCUUUUUUUUUUCUUUUUCUUCUUUAUUUCAUAUUUUUUUUAUUUAUUUUUUAUUUUUUUUUAUUUCUUUCUUAAAACACAAUCUUUAUUUCUUUCAUUUCUUUCUUUCAUUUUGUUUCAGGAAUUUUUGUUUUUUUUGGGUUUCUUUCUUUCUUCUUUCGUUUUUUUUGAAUGGUUUUCUUUCUUUAAAAAUGAUUUUUCUUUAUAAAUUUUUAUGGUUUUUUUCUUUCUUUCUUUUUAUUUAUUUUUUUCCUUUUUAUUUUUUUUUUUUUUUUAGAAAUAUUUUUUUUUUCUUUAUUUUUUUCUCUUUUUUUUCUUUUUUCUUUCUUUUUUCUUUUAUUUUUCUUUUUUUUCUUUCUUUUUUUCUUUCGUUUUCUUUUUUUUUUCUUACUUUCUUUCUUUCUUUCUCGUUCACUUUAUUUCUUUUUUUUCUUUCUUUCUUUCAUUUAUUUUUGGGUUUUAUUUUUCUUUCUUUCUUUCUUUCUUUCUUUUUGAAAAUUUAUACUUUCUUUCAUUUUUUUCGUUCUCUUUUUUUUUUAAAUUUCUUUAUUUUAUUUUUUUUCUUUCAAUUUAAAAAUCUUUUUUAA